AUGACGUAACUGUUUAUGAGGCCAAGGCGUCAGGUCACGUGUGCUGGAUGGAAAACUAGCUUAAUGUCGUUUGAAUUUUACCGCGAUUCAAGAAGUAGGACUUAAGCUAGUGAUAGAAAUGUGUGAAAUUCUUGCAUUAAAGGAGUCAGUCUUGAUUUAUUUAGACAGAAGUGGUGCACUGGAGAAACUUAUUGAAGACUGCAAAUCAUUUGACGGGCCUCAACAGAACGACGCGGUUUACAGGUUUUAUGUGCGAGUGAGUCCAACUGACCUGACGGAAGUGGACUCAGUGCUGGGUGACUUUGUUUUACAUAAUCCCAGAAAAGCCACGGCCUUAUUUCAGUCUGUCUGCUUCCUGGCCAUAAAGACGCUGUCGCUUGUGCGAAAAAUACACACAGAAAACCAGGUGAAUGUGAUUUUAAAGUGGACACAUCUGCCUCCUUUUCCUGAGUACUGCUUGCAUCUGGACACCUUCCCUCGGGGACACGUCACCAUGAGGCCUGUGCUCAUUGAAGGUUUGGUCGUCGCCAUGACCAGGGUUACAAAAUACACCGGAGCAGCCAGGUUCCUCUGCACUGACGACGACUGCCCUGCCUUCACUGGAUUUCACCACAUCCGCGUUCAUGCGCCAGGAGCCACGGAGUCAGCGACUAUGAGGAAUGACUUCAUUUGCUCUAUGUGCAGCUCACCUCUAAAGGAGGAUGUUAAAUUCAGAGUUCUGGGUGGUGAGAUUAGUGUUAAAGUAAUAAGAAUGAGGUUUAAAAAAUGGAAAUUUUUGUGUGAAAAAAUGUCUGUGGUCGUAGACAAGCAGCUGGUGGAAUUGAUCCAUACCAAAGCUAUAGAUGCUCUCAGUGCCAAACAGAGUUCAGUAAGGUUCCAGUCAGUCACAUUUUUUCUAAGAGAUGAGCUGUGUAACUCGAUGAGACUCGGUCACCUCUACAGUGUCGUAGGUAUUCCUGCACACGUACAUCAGUGGCCAAAUAUCACCUGGAGCAUCGAGGCAAACGGCGUCCGGAAACUGGAGCGAGAGGGGCCCCAGAACAUCUCCAACACAUUGCAAGAGUUGCUACAAACCACAUCAAGUUCCCCCUGGAGGUUCUCAGCCAUUCUAGCUCACUGCUUCGGCCUGGACGUGACUCCUCCAGGCCUCUAUAACACCCUGAAGCUGGUGCUGUUGCUCAGCUUAGUGCAAACCAGAGCAGCCGCAGAAGAGACUUUUCACUGCUUAGAUCUCCUCAUUGUGACCUGUGACUCACUCAUAGUGGACAGAUUAAUGAUGUACAGCCUGGGCUUUGCGCCCAGGGGGGUGAGGCAUCGUGCCACAGGCGAGAUGUUUGCAUCACUUUGUAGAGACGAGCACGGAACGGGUAAUGCCAACAUCCAUGCGGGAUCAGCCUUCCUGGCCUCUGGUGGCAUUUGCAUGCUGGGUGAUCUGUGCUUUUACCAAAAGGACAAGCUGGACACUCUGGAGUCAGCCCUAGAAAGCCGGCAUGUCUCAGUUUUUAUACCUGGAAGAAAGUAUGGUGAGGACUCGAAUGACCAGCUCUCCUUCCCAGUACCAUGUAGCUUCUGGGCACUCUCAGAUUCCACUCCCAGUUUUCACCGACCUGGACGGAGUGUCCAAGCUGCAGUGGGAGCUGGAGAUAUCGGCUCCGUCUCGAUGCAUCUAGCAGAUGCCUUUGGCCUGGUGGUCCAGUGUCAGGAUGAAGCUGGGAAAGACGCCCUCGCAACACUGACAGCCCAUGUCCUUCAGCAAGCAGUGUGGCCUGGAGAGGAUCUCUACCCAGCCAGUAUCAAACUGUCUUGUCAGGACUACAAAGAGCUCAUAGCACAUGCGCAGAGCCUGCAGGUGGCGCUCAGUGACGGGGCACUGAAGGUCAUCCGUGGCUACUACAUGGCCAGCAGACGGGUCCGGACGCUGAGCCAGAUAUCCAUGCCUUCUGUCAAGCUGUUGAUCUCUCUGGCAGAGGCUCACUGCAGGCUGAGUCUCAGAACAUUGGCUUUGGAGGAAGACGCCAUAGUGGCUGUGCUGCUGUGUGAAACUUCUGUGACCUUCAGACACGGAGCGUCUGCCCUGACCGUCCCAGCCCACGCUCUGUUCCCUUGCAGUCUGGCAGACGGGGGAUUGCGGAGAGAUGCGAUUCUGGAUGAGUUUCACCAGGCCGUGCUUCGUUUCAUUUUCUCAUAUGUUCCAGGAGCUGAGGCAUACAUCAGAGAGGAGUGACAGAACUCCUAGUUGACUGGUAAGCAAUCCCAUUGUCGAAGAAGCAUUGUUGCUGUAAAUGCCUAAUUUGCAUUCACGUUCAAUGUUUAGUUUUAAAAAUAUUUAUUAAAUUUAGUGCAUUAGAAAAUGUUAUGCAGAAAAUAAAAACAGAGCAGAAAACUGUAGACUGUUCAAUAAAACUUCAACAUAUUGCUCAAGUCUUGAUUCCAGAACCAUUUCCAAAGUAGUUCCUGUCAAACAGCUUUAAUUCAGUUAACAGGAAAAUGACAGUGACCAUAGGAAUUUACAACAGUUCACACAUUCUGUUUGAAGAUCAAAUGUUUAAUUCACAAAACAAAACAAAUACAGGAAAAUUUGGAGCAUGUUCUCGCACACCAGUCACCUACACACCUGAAGAGAGAAAACAUGACUUCAGGUCUGAUUCUUGUUAAGACAAAAUGACUAAACACAAUUGUGCCGGCAAGUCAGUUAGAAACAGCGUCACCAUUUUUUGUCUGAUGGGUAAACGGCAAAAACAGCAUAUCAUCACAACAUCGGCUUAAAGAACCUCCACGUAUAGUACUUCAAAUACAUACUCACCUUUAAAAGCCACAUGAACUUUGACGCAUUUAGCUGGCAAUUCUGCGUCUGAGGUGAAGAUCAACAUAUUAGGGGACAAAGUGGCAUUACUCGGGUCAAUCCAAAAAAGCAUCUCAGACAAAGAAAGCAUUAUAUGUAUACUGUUCAUUAAUGUAUACAAGUACAUUUGAAGCAAGGCAUCUACUUGAAUGAAUCCUGGAUAUCAGUUUUGUGAGGUCCCCAGUUUUAUUCUGAAAACCUGGCUGGUAUUUGUAAACACACCAGUGAUUUAGCUAGAGACACUUUCACCAUUUAUUUUGCCCAAAGGGGUAAAUAUCAAAGCUGAAAGCAUCCUAACACCAGUCGUUCAUUAACCACAGCAAACUCACCAGGUCAUGAUGAGCCAAUGGACCUCUGAUGCCGCAUCUUAAAGAGAAAUGGUGAAAUUCAGUGAUGGUUGUCAUGAGUCCAAUAAUCAAGCCUUCAUUAGUCCCACAGAGGGGAAAUAGCAGCGAAACAGACAAAUUAAGCUAAAGUUUUAGUGGUAGUUUAAGUGUGUGCGAGUUCGGAUGUCCUGUCCCUCGAAAGGCCUGACAGCGAGCGAAAAUGGUCUCACCAUCAUUCGUAGCAGAAACAUUCUGAAUUCAAACGUCAUGUGAUUUCAAGCUGAGACUGUUAGGUCUCAUAUUAGUGGGUUACUUUCCCCUCAGAUAAUGCUGAUGAUUCAGUUAGUAACAGUUUCACCAUCUUUUGUCAGAUGGGUAAACGGCGAAAAUGUUAACUCAUCACAACAUCAGCAUCACCCCCCCAAAACCCCAGUAUGUUUAAAUCUGUAGAACACUUGCCUCCAAAAGCCACGUAACAAAGAUGGACUCUGUGAUGUUUGCCAGGGUGAAGAAGUGUCUGAAAUGAAGCCAAUAGUUUGUUAGUGAGUGUUAUGUGUGCAUCAUUUUAACUCAUUAAAUUGCAGGUGGCUACAUUGUGGGAUUUUUUUUUUUUACAUUUAAAACAUUACAUUACAUGGACAAAGGCAUGUUCGUUAUUAGUCAGUGUGCCAGUGAUUCAGUCGGUAACAGUUUCACCAUUCCAUGUCAGAUGGGUAAACGGCAAAAACAUCAACUCAUCACCAUCACGGCAGCACAACAAGACACUUAAAAUACACUCACCCUUAACACCUGCUGAGCUUCUCUCUGGUGACGUUGGCAGCACCGGAAAGGAAUCUACAUUGGUUUCUGCCGUCUUAAAAUAGAUACUGAAUUAACAUCAAAAAUAGAUGAUUGAUCGAUCAAUUCAUGCACUACAUUUUAAACGUCAUCUGAAUGGGUUUGAUGCAGAUGAUUCAGUUAAUAACAGUUUCACCAUCUUAUGUCUGAUGGGUAAACGGCAAAAACGUUAGCUCAUCACAACAUCAGCAUCAAGCCUCUCUUAAAUCCUGGGUACAUUUUCGCAAGUACAACACUCACAAGCAACAUGAUGAAGAGGGACUUGUUUAUUCAGAUGUUGCCAGAGUCUGAAAUAAAGAUGAACCUUUGGUUAGGAACAACGUGCAGCAACUCAAAUACAUCAACUUAGAGGGGAGAAUCGGUUUAAAACCAAGUCAUUUUUCAGCAACUGGUUCAUCUUGUCAAAGAUUCAGUUAGUAACAGUUUCACCAUUUCUUGUCUGAUGGGUAAACGGCAAAAAUGUUGACUCAUCACCAUCCCAGCAAAACGGCAAGCCAAAUGCAAAACACUCACCAUAAAGAUCCACAGGACGCCGUAGUUUCAUUAUCAAGUAGCCAGACGAUGAGCUGUAGCUCCUGUAAUGCAAAACA